CGCGCCUUUUUUUUUUCUGCGCUUAUAUUUUUUUUUCUAUCCUCUAUUUGAGCGCCAUUCCUUUCCUUUGUUUUGAGGAUUACAAAGUAUGAGGAAUGAAGUCCAACUAUGCAGAGCAUUUGGCUUGGUACGAGCAUUCCGUCCGUCCGUAUAAAGUUAAACCCUACGAUACACCCACCCUCUGCUGCCGCGACUAUAACAGCAGAUCAAACCACCUGUCUAAUCCCACACUUGACGAGUUUUCCUCGUCCGCAGCCAACACAACCUCCAUGUCCAUGCCUACUCGCAAACGUCCGCGUGCCGAAAGCGAGGAUUUUGACGAUGAUUUCGAUAUGCGAGCUGUGAUUGACUUGACCAUGCAGGAAGAAUCUCGUAAACUGAAAAAGCUUAGUCUUUCCAACAAAAAGCAUGCGCAGUCCAUUAUCGCAAAUUCUGAAAGACAAACAUCGACUUUUUCAAGGCCUGAUCAUGAAGCACCAUCGACAUCUCUGCCGCAGCAUAGUAGUGGGAAUCCAUCAACUCCCGCUACCCUUGAAACCGCUUUAGCUGAAUUCCAAGAUCUCAACGAGAUAUUUUCCGAUAAUGAUUGGGAUGAUCCGGAUUUCGAUUAUGGUGAUUCCGAUGCCGUGGACUCUUUCUUGGACAAGUCAAUCGUACUGGAUGAUGAUUUGAUGAUGAUGGAUGAAGAACCGGAAAGACCUCAAGGACCACAGGGCCCCACAAUGAGUCUGGAAGAAUUGCGGAACAAGUUGGAAUUAUUAAAGGGUAGAGAAAACGAGAUCAAUAAAGAUCUUGUGGAUUGCAUGCUUGCCGGAGAAGCGCCCGAUUUAGCCAUGCAAAAGAAGUUACUGGAAGAACGAAAGACAGUCCUGGCGAUGAUCAAGGAAGUUCAAGAAAGUAUUAGUACCGCAGAACCAAACUCACUCGCGGGUCUAUCACCUAACGAUACAACGAGCGGGCCAAUGAUGUUAUCAUCCAGGCCCACGGUAUUCGAGGAUGUCACCAAUUCACCCGUCCCUGCACCCGCACCUACGCCUGUGAUACAUCAUGCUCCUUCAUCUCCAGCUUUGAUCCCACCUAUACCAUCGCCAUCAACCUCGGAAUUCAAGGAAACCAACGUACAAUCACAAUACCCCUGGUCCCGCGAUGUUCGCAAAGCUUUGUUGCACAAUUUCAAGUUGAAGGAAUUCCGCGCAAAUCAACUGGAAGCUAUCAACACAACAUUGAGCGGUGAAGACGUGUUUGUCUUGAUGCCAACAGGGGGUGGUAAAAGUUUAUGCUACCAAUUACCGGCCAUCAUCCAGCGACAUAAACGGCGUGGGGUUACGGUGGUGGUUUCGCCAUUACUUUCGUUGAUGCACGACCAAGUCAGUGCGCUUGUACGGGAAAAGGGCAUUGCUGCGGCCUUACUCAACGGACAAAUUUCCAAGAAAGAUCGUCAAUGGAUUUUUGCUGAAUUGGAAAACGAUCCACCAAAGAUGCAUCUUUUAUAUCUUACGCCCGAACUUUUGCAACGAUCGGGAGCGCUCCAAGAGAUCUUUCAAAAACUGCACCGUCGAAACUACUUGGCUCGAUUUGUUAUCGAUGAAGCGCAUUGUGUAUCACAGUGGGGACACGAUUUUCGACCGGAUUACAAACUGUUGGGAAGUUUAAAAACAACAUACCGCGAUGUCCCCAUCAUGGCCCUCACAGCCACAGCCAACGAAGUGGUUCAGAAGGAUGUCAUGCACAACCUCAAUAUUGUUGGAUGCAAGAUUUUCAAACAGAGUUUUAAUCGAAAAAAUCUCAUCUGGGAAGUGAUUCCGAAACCGAGCAAGGCCAACAUUUGUGCAGAUAUCUAUUCAUAUAUUCAUCAGCAUCACGCGAACCAGUCCGGUAUUAUUUACUGUAUAUCAAGACGCUUAUGCGAAGAGACAGCAGAUAAACUUCGAACCGAAUUUGGAUUGAGUGCAAAACACUACCAUGCAGCGAUGUCACCCGCCGAUCGUCUCAAGGUGCAGCAAGAAUGGCAGUCGGGCCAUGUUCAGGUCAUUGUAGCUACGGUGGCUUUUGGUAUGGGCAUUGAUAAACCCGACGUCCGCUUUGUCAUCCAUUAUUCGAUGCCAGCUUCCAUUGAAGGCUAUUACCAAGAAACCGGACGCGCGGGUCGCGACGGUUUAGUGGCUAAGUGCCGCUUGUAUUAUGCAUACCGCGAUACACAAACUCAUCUUGUCCUCAUUGAGAACGGUGAUGGUGAUUAUCAGCAGAAAAAUCGAUUACGAGCCAAUCUGAACCAAAUGGUGCGUUACUGUGAGAACAAGACCGACUGUAGACGACAGCAAAUUCUAGGCUACUUUAACGAACGGUUUGAUCCUGCACUUUGUCAUCGAACGUGUGACAACUGUCUAGCGAAUCAACAUCAGCAAGUGGUGCAAAAAGACAUGACGCAAGAAGCGAUCGGUAUUCUAUGUUUGAUGAGACGGAUACAAUCCGAUAAUGUGACAUUGAAUCAAGCGGUGGAACUCAUGCGUGGCUCCCGCGCCAAACGAUACAUUGAACGUGAUUACCAUAAUAUGGAAGGUUUUGGUAGUUCGAAACAUUUAUCGCGGACCGAUGCAGAUCGGUUGGUCAAAUACCUCGUCACCAGCGACGCUUUUGUUGAACAUACGGAAUGCAACUCGAAAGGAUUUGUGUCUUCCUAUUUACGUGUUGGUAACAAGGCCACGGCUGUCGAAAGAGGGCAGAUGAAAAUCGUGCUUAAUUUCACAACAGAGAUGAGAGGCAUGGGAGGUCCCAGUUACAAUGGUGCGGCUUCUAGACGACCGGCUCCGCCUCCUUCACCGUCCAUAUCAUCUUCCGUUCAACGUAGACCCGCCUCCACCACUCCAAACUAUGCAUCAAAUCGGCCCAUCCCUCCUAGCAUCCCUCGACCUGUUAGACCUGCUCAAGCAUCCUCAUCUUUCUCAUCGCAUACGCCCACCACCUCAUCCUCCUUUGCAAAAUCCGUCAAGACACAAUGCUACAAACAGCUGAGAGAACUACGGAAUAAGGUAAAUCAAAUAUGGCUGAUCCAGACCCUUGACAACGAUUUUUUUUUGAAACCGACUCGUUUUUGAUUAGAUCAUGUCCGAAUUCAACAUCCAACAACCUGCCACUAUUUUCACCGAUACCCAAUUGAGAGACAUUGUAAGUCACUAUUCCGCCAGUGAUGUUCGGAACUGAAAUUUGUAUCGGUUUUUCUUAUGUUUUUCUUCUUUGUGAACUAGGCUGAUCAACUACCGACGGGAAUUCUUGCAUUUCUUCAAGUUACCAAAAUGACAGAUGAGCGAUUUGAACAGUACGGUCGAAGGUUUUUAGAGAUUUGCAAGAAACAUGCUGUGCAGAGUUUAUAAAAAAAAAAAAAAAAAGAGGGGGAGGAAAACUCGGGGAUGUCAGAGGUUUAGUCCUUCUUGGUUUCCUCGU